ACAUCAUAAACCCGGAAGUAGUACAUGAUCAGAUGUCUACAUUGUGACUUGAAUUACUGCAACAGUUGCUAAAUAUUGACCUAUGUUUACUUAACAUAGCUAGUUAGCUAACGUUAACUAAAAAUUAUCGGGCUUACAUCUACAUGCUGUGAUGUUUGUAAUAUCUUGCUAAACCAUUUAGUUGGAAAUCCGUACGGAUGUUCGGUAAACGUCUGCUAGUCAGUGCUUGCUACAAUAACAAGCCUGCAUUUGUCUUCUUUUAGCUUCUAGUAGACUAAUUUAUUUAACGUUAGCUGGCUAAAAACGGCAUCUCAAUCAAAAGUGUCUUUACUGAAGUCGUGAGUCGAAUAAUUUCUCGUUCUAAUCUGCCAGCAAGUGAAGUCGAUGGACAAAAUUGUAAAGGAUGUCGGUGAUAUUCAGUCCAGGCUGAUAGAUCACAGGCCAAUAAUACAGGGAGAAGUUCGUUUCUUUGUGAGAGAAUUCGAGGAGAAACGUGGAUUCCGAGAGAGCCGUUUAUUGGAGAACCUCAACAGGAUGGUGGCGGAAACUAAUGAGCAAGUAGUCCCCAAGUGUUCUGAGACUAUGCACGAGCACCUCUGUGAGGCCCUGACGAGGAUGGAAGCUGCAACUCACAUGGCACAGAAGAUCCAGCAGAGGGAGCUAGAGGCACAGCAGAGCACUCGGCUGCAGGCCAGCAUGGACCGACGCAAGGCCGACUGGGAGGAGUUCAUGAAGGAGCAGGCCCGCCUCAGAGUGGAGGUGGACGAAGAGCAUGCCAAGGCCGUGGGCCGCCUCAGCACCCAGUACAGCGAGAUGAAGAAGGAUCUGUCCAAGUUCUCCCACUUCUGAGCCCCGUCCGCAUGUCUGAGCACGCUCCGUUGGGGUGGGGGUGUCUCGGCAGCCACGUUCAGUUUCUGUGUUAAGGGAGCGAAUGUGCGUUUGGUAUAUGUGUGCGUUUGGAGUUUGUGUCGAGAAACUGAAUGUGUGCGUUUGGAUGAACGUGCGCGUGCCUUGUUUUGAAGGAAAUGCUUUUAGUGGAGUGUUGCGGAAAGCUUUAAUUGACUCUGAGCCUGGCUGAUGGCUCUAACAGAACAUCAUGAGCCCCUUGUGAGCGGCAAUGCCGCAGAGAGUUUGUCAUUUGUCUGGCUCUGAAUUGGAGCCGUCCAAUAAACAACUAUGCAUUUCCACCAUCCGUUGAAAAGAGACUGCUGUCACAGUGCUAUAAAGAUAUAUAAUAAGUUUGGAAAAUGUCAACGUCUUUAUAAGAAAUAAAACCAAGGAAACCAGAUUGUUUUUGGCCAGGGUUUUAACUUGCAGACAUUUCUGUUUAAUUUUUUAAACAGCUCUUGCGCUCGCAUGUGUUUGGAGUAUAUUUGCCCUCAGCGCUGAAUGAGAUGUAGGAAGCGGGAAUGUGGCAGGGAAAUGUCAGUUAGCAGAAGUGCUAUAGAUCCACGUCAGGCAGAACGUGCCGGCCUUCAGAAACUCCAUUCAGAGCCUGGUUGUUUAACGACACCGCAAAGCACGUCAGCAAAUACACACUCCUCACCUCCACAGACCUUAAGCAUUCACCACAAACUCCGCCCGGUGGAAACCGCUUAAGGCAGAUAUAAAUCAGGAGCUGCCUGUGGUCGGGUAUGUACCUGGUAAGAUGGGUAAAUAAAUGAGAUUGCCCUACCAGAAAUGUGAAGGCUGGAGAGAGUGGUGCAUCCAACCCCCCCCCACAAACAAUGGCGGCCUGUUUGGAUGGAUGGCUGGGUAUCAUGGCACAUUCCUGGCAUGUGAAAUAGGUGAUUAACUUCAGCUGAGGUGACAACAUAAAUAUUUGAAAUGACUUUUAAAAACAUUGAGCCCGGGCCAGACUAUUUCUUUUGUCCUUCUUUAAGUGGGGGGGGGGGGAAGUGGUCUCGUCAAUCAGCGUGAGAAAAUAAACAGACAAGCUGCUUCA